AUGAAAGCCCUCAGUGUUGCGACUUCGCUUGCCUUUCGGCUGAUAACACACAACAUCCGGUUCGCCACGGAUAACCCAGGGACAGGAGAGGAGCCAUGGUCUGACCGAGCACCAUUUAUUAUCUCGGAGCUCAAGUGGGCAACCAGCUACCUUCCAGAAUCGUUAAUUUGCGUGCAAGAAGCCCUGCAUAACCAAGUCGAAGACAUUCUCAACGGCCUCAAUGCCUACAAUACCACCGCAUAUACCUCCCCAAACAAACAACUUCCAGAGUGGGGAUAUCUUGGAGUUGGCCGUGACGACGGUGUUGAGGCAGGAGAAUAUUCUGCCCUCUUUUAUUCACCAACUGUCUGGGAUAUCGAUGACUGGACCACUGUCUGGCUCUCGGAGACCCCCGACAAGCCAUCCAUUGGUUGGGAUGCCUCGCAUAAUCGAAUCCUGACUAUCGGAAAACUUCGACAUCUGGAAACUGGGAAGCAAGUUAUUGGCAUGUGCACCCAUCUCGAUGAUAAAGGGAAAACAGCGCGCAUAAACUCGGCUUCCUUGAUUAUCGAGGAAGUGAACUCGUGGGCGAACAAAACCAGCAAUAGCACCAUAGGCACAAACUCUACGGCUCCCAUCCCGGUAUUCCUGGGCGGUGAUUUCAACUCGCAGCCAGAUGGUGACGCAUAUAAAAUCGUGGCCAAUUCUUCUUCACCGCUGCAAGAUGCGAGCGACAUUGCUGCUGGGACAUAUGGAGACAACGUUACAUUUACAGGUUUCAACGACGCAGACGGCGGACGUAUUGAUUUCCUAUUCCUCGGUCCCAAAGAUUCACAGCCAUGGAAUGUUGACACAUAUACCGUCCUGCCCAAUAGAUUCGAAAACAACGUUUAUGAUAGCGACCACCGAGCUGUAGCUGUUAAUGUUAGAAUUUAA